AUGAGAGGCUGCGCCGCGGAGGAGGCGAUGCUCGCCACCGUGGACGCGAAGCUCGCGGCGGAGCUCGCGGCGUCCGCCGCGUCCGCCGCGGCGACGCCGACGCACGCGUCGAUCGAACGCGCGUGGGCGCACAUCGCGACGACGGCGAGGACCGACGGCGACGGCGAUCGCGCGGGGGGCGACGACGGCGACGGCGACGACGACGACGACGAGCUCGCGCGGUCGUGGAGCGGGAUGGAGGAGAACGUCGACGCGGAGAGGGCGCGGCAUAAGCAGUGCCUCGCACUCGUCAGGGCGGUGCCGUUGGUGGGGUAG